UUUAUAGUAUCUUCUACUUCCAGCACUGUCACUAUGCAGUCAACUUCUGGGUCAUCUUCUGGAUCAUCUUCUAUAGUUAAAACAAAUAUAUUGACUUCAAGUUUAACUUCCUUUGUUGAAGAAUUGAAUGCUAACAAUGAAGAUAAAUACGAACUACUUCUAACUUUUUAUUAG